CCCCGCCGAAUUAUCCCCGAAUCUUCAAACGAAUCACUCUACACAUUUUGCCCAAUUAACGCCUCUCCCCGCGUCGAUUCUCUCUCUAAAAAUCGGAACGCCAGCUCUUCUUCUCCCUCCUUCAACCGCCUCUCAAAAUAAAAGGAAACCCGACUCCCCUCUUUCCUUCUCCCCGUCUAAAGCCCAGAGAUCCAAAGAAAGAAAUAGAGCUCAUCGGAACCCUAAGCUCCCCCCCCAUUUUCCUCCUCCGGCCACCGGAGACUAUGGUGAUUUCUGUGGAUUCUCCGAGGAGGUCGAUCCGUGAGCUGGUUUUCGAAAGCGUGCUGGCUUACCACGCAAAGCCACAGGGAAAGCUCCGGCUUCCGAGCGUGGGUGAGCAAGGGGAGGCGGCGGGAUUAGAAGACGACGAUGAGAUUGGGGUUUGGGAGGAGGAGGAAGGGAAUGUGGAACUGGUGGAGCUUGGGGCUGAGCGCACCAAAAACGUGCUCAUUCUCAUGAGUGAUACCGGUGGCGGCCAUCGUGCAUCUGCGGAGGCCAUUCGCGACGCAUUUCGACUUGAAUUUGGCGACGAGUAUAAGGUGUUUGUGAAAGAUGUGUGCAAGGAAAGUGCAGGGUGGCCAUUGAACAACAUGGAAAGAUCCUACAAAUUCAUGGUUAAGCAUGUUCAGCUAUGGAGGGUUGCGUUUCACAGCACUUCUCCUCGCUGGGUACAUUGCUUCUACCUCGCAGCCAUUGCUGCAUUCUACGCCAAGAAGGUGGAGGCAGGCAUUAAGAAGUACAAGCCAGAUAUCAUCAUAAGCGUUCAUCCCCUCAUGCAGCACAUUCCUCUAUGGGUGCUCAAAUGGCAAAACCUCCAGAAAAGAGUUGUUUUUGUUACCGUUAUUACUGACCUAAACACCUGCCAUCCCACAUGGUUCCAUACUAAUGUCAAUAGGUGCUAUUGUCCUUCUAAGGAAGUAGCAAAGCGGGCUUCGCUUGAUGGCCUCCAACCCUCCCAGAUACGUGUAUUUGGCUUGCCCAUCCGGCCAUUAUUUUGUCGGGCCGUUAUUUCCAAGGAUGACUUGAGGGUAGAGCUUGAGAUGGACGCUGAUCUUCCAGCUGUGCUGUUAAUGGGUGGUGGUGAGGGGAUGGGUCCGGUCAAGAAGACUGCAAAGGCCCUCGGAGAAUCACUGUAUGAUGUUUCUGAGGGAAAGCCAAUGGGACAACUUGUUGUUAUUUGUGGAAGGAAUCAAACUCUAAGCUCCACUCUUCAGUCGCUUCAGUGGAAAAUCCCGGUGAAGAUAAGAGGAUUUGAGACACAGAUGGAGAAAUGGAUGGGGGCUUGUGACUGUAUUAUAACUAAGGCCGGACCUGGAACCAUUGCCGAGGCUUUGAUUAGGGGACUCCCUAUAAUCCUAAAUGACUUCAUUCCUGGACAGGAAGUGGGCAAUGUCCCCUAUGUGGUUGACAAUGGUGCCGGGGUUUUCUGCAAAAGCUCCAAACAGACCGCAAGCCUCGUUGCACGGUGGUUUGGAGCCGACUCUGCCGAGCUUAAAAAAAUGUCGGAGUGCGCCCUAAAAUUGGCACAGCCGGAGGCGGUCUUCGACAUUGUUAAAGACAUCCAUGAACUGGCUCAAGAGCAGGGACCUAUGUCCAACAUCCCCUAUACAUUGACUCCAUCAUGCAGUUCAUCAUUCAUUUAUGGAGCUUCGUAAAAUCAAUGGAAAUUAGCUCGACUUCUAAAAUUUGUUGACGAGCUAUCUCUGGACCGAACACGAGUUUUUCAAGAUGGUUUGGUUUAGAUAGAAUUGACAUUCUUUGGCCUCAAUGCUGUUAACAUUUCUAUCAGAAAAAGAUGGUGAUGCUUUUGUAUAGGGGGAAAAGUUUGAUUUUAUAGGAUUAUAUUUUUCAUUUAUGUUUUACAAUUAAAAGUAUCAGCACCUGUAUUGUUUCAUUGUUUGUUUGUAUGUAGUUAACUUUCUGGCAACUGAAUGAUUUGGGAUUGCUUUCUUUUUUUUUCGGGCUUCUUAGCAUGAGUUAAGAAGAGAAUUGAACAAAGAUUCAAUAUGCUAUGUCGGCAUGUAUCAAUUUUAACAUUUGUAAGUAAAUCUG